AAUAAUUGAGAUCCUUUGUCUAAAAGAAGAAAACACAACAUUUUUUUAAGGUUUAUGAAAUGAAGAAAAAAUGUGAACUCUGCAAAAGUCCAGCAAAGUUGUUCUGUGAAUCAGAUCAAGCAAGUCUUUGUUGGGAAUGCGAUACUAGGGUUCACACUGCAAAUUUCAUAGUCACAAAACAUCAAAGGUUUCUUCUAUGUCAUAUUUGUCAAUCUUUAACUGCUUGGCAUGGAACCGGACCCAAGUUUGUUCCAACCAUGUCUCUUUGUAACCACUGUGUUUCUGUUACCAACAAUAACAAUGAUCAUCGAGAUGGCGACGAUGAUGAUGACGACGAUGACGAUGAAGACACCGAUGAAGAUGAUGAUGAAGAAAAUCAAGUUGUUCCAUGGAAAUCUACACCUCCACCACCAGUUUCUUCUUGUUCUUCAAACAGUGCAACUACCUAUUAACUAGAAAAAAUAAAUAUCUUGUUCUUCUAGUUUUGAGGUUUUUGUUUUAGAUUCAUAGGUUGGUAACAAAAUUAGUUUCUAGUUUAUGUGUUGUAAUAAUAAUAUUAAUAAUAAUCAUAAUUUUGUAGUAAA